CAUGCUUCCUGGACGAUAUGGGUCGCAAAAUGUACGUCGGCAUCGUAGCUUAUCUCGUGUUUUAUGACCCAAAGAAAAAUCUUCACGUCACGUCACUUUGAACAGAGUUCCUUGCCGUUUAUCCACGCACCUAAAUCAAAAUUAAAUCCACCAAGUACUUUGUAUAUGCAAGCAAACUCCAGAGACGCAAGUGAAAAUGGGAAUAGUUGAAGAAGCACACAACGUCAGGAUUUUGGGUUCAGGAGACCAAGUCAUAGUUCUGGCUCAUGGCUUCGGCACCGAUCAAUCCGUGUGGAAGUACCUGGUGCCACACCUUGAAGGAGAUUAUCGUGUUAUUUUGUAUGAUAAUAUGGGUGCUGGUACCACUAAUCCUGAAUUUUAUGACUUCUCAAGGUAUUCAAGUAUUGAUGGUUUUGUUUAUGAUUUGCUUGCAAUAUUGGAGGAAUUACAAGUCAAGUCUUGUAUCUUUAUUGGUCACUCCUUUUCGGGUAUGGUUGGUGCCAUUGCCUCGCUUUCUCGCCCUGAUCUCUUCUCUAAACUCAUCAUGCUCUCUGCCACUCCAAGGCUACUGAAUGGUGAGAAUUACUAUGGAGGGUUCGAGCAAGAAGACGUAGAAGAAAUAUUUGAAGGUGUGAGGUCGAAUUACAAAGCCUGGUGCUCAGGGUUCGCACCGAUGGUGGUGGGUGGAGACAUGGAGUCGUUAGCUGUGCAAGAAUUCACUCGAACUCUAUUCAACAUGAGACCUGAUAUAGCCCUGAGUUUAGCCGAGGUUGUAUUCCUGACAGACAUGAGACAUAUUCUUCCAUCAGUGACAGUCCCUUGCCACAUUCUGCAAACCGCCAAGGACAUGGCUGUGCCUAUGGCGGUAUCGGAGUAUCUGCAUCAACAUAUCGGAGGCCAAUCCAUUAUUGAGAUCAUGCCUACCAGUGGUCAUUUGCCGCAAUUGAGCUCUCCAGAUAUUGUGAUUCCAAUGAUUCUCAAGCACAUUCACUACGUUAUCGAGUGAUUUUUUUUCUUAAUGUUCAAUUUUAUCCUACUUAUUGCAAUGUUCAAUAUAACUUAUUUUUAA